AUGCUGGACUGUCGUGGAGAUGCACGUGUGACUCUGAAUCCAAUCUCAGCUGUCAUUUUACUUGUCAGUAUCGUGAUUUUAAGUCUAGCGUGGCCAACGACUGUGACCAAUGCGGAGAGUCUAACGAAUCGUUUACGUGGAAUGGCGAGACAGCAUCCCAUUGUUGCACUGCAUACGGCUUUUUGUGGUCGACCCACUGCCGAAUAG